CGCGGGCGCGGCGAUGCGCACACACUCGCGGUCCGCCCGGCGACACACACCCGCACCGCGCGCGUCCUCCGCCACCCGCACCGCCCUUCGCCAGCCGCAGUGCAGUGACCACCCGCGCGCGCUCCUGAAGAACAACCCGCAAAAAGCAACCAAGCAACCUGUGUGUAUGCGUGUGUGUGUGCGUGUGUGUGUGUGUGUUUGUGUGUGUGCUGACGAGGCGGGGAGGGAAGUGUGAGUAAGCAUCGUCGUGGCGUGUGACGGUGUGUGACGGUCUGCGGCGGUGCCCUAUGGAAGGAUACAAGCCCUGGAGCCACCACGUCACACCUCAGGGGGACGCCAAGUGACCGUGUGAGGACGCCGCCCAUAAAAGCCACGAGACGCCGCCGCCGACGCCCGCACCGCAACCAGGGGGCUUCCUCCUGCUCCUCCUCCUCUUCCUCCUCCUGGUUCUCCUCCUUUCCCUCGUCGCCUUCCUCAAACCGCCAUCAUGUGGGAAAAACUCCUGCGGGACAUCAAGGUCAACCUCCUCUCCUCGGACCUGAUGCCCCUCAAGUUCCUCUUCUUCAUGCUGUACGCUGCCAACACCACACUCUACCCGUACCUGGCCGUGCACAUGCAGGCUCUGGGCUUCGGGGCGGACAAGGCCGGGGUGCUCCUGGCCAUCACGCCCCUCGUAGCCAUCAUGGGGCCUCCCGUCGCUGGCGCCAUUGCGGAUAAGCUGGGGAACUUCAAGCUGUUCUUCUCCGGGGUGGUGGCCGUGUCGGGAAUGCUGUCCUUGCUCCUGCUCGUCAUCCCUCCCGUGCCCAUCCCCCUUGGCUUCUCCCUCACCCUCAUCACGGACCACCACCAGUCUGAACACCCCAGCGGCAAAGAGAUCAACAAGCUGGCGGAGGUGCUGCCGAAGGAAGAGACGGGGCACCACGUGGACGCUGAGUACCUGCAGUUUAUUGUCAUCACCAACCAGACAGGCUGCGACAUCUAUGACGAGUACCAGACCUCCAUGGACGGUCUCAACCAGGUAGACAUCGGGUCAGCGGAACCAAUGGCGACCGUCAACAUAACAAGAAUUCUCAAGCACAAAAACUUUUCCCUGAUGGCGGUCACCACGCAUCACCCGCUCUUCUGCCCCGACGACCUGCCCCUCGUGCGACUCUCCAAGGGCGCCGAGGACCUGCUGCCGGAGAUCCUGGUGGACUACAACACCUCCGGACUCAAUAGGACAGUGAAUGGAAGCGUGGCGGAUACGGAGACGGAUGCGUGGUGGAGGUCAGGCUGUGAUGUGAAGGUGCCUGGUCUGUGCGAGCCUCACCACGCGGAUAUCAUUGGCGCGGAAAAUUUGAGCUUCUGGACCUAUCUCUUCGCGCGGAGUCUCCUGAACGGCGCCCUCAAUGCGGCUUUUGCGCUCUUCGAAGGCGCCACGCUCUCGCUCUUGAAGAAACACGGCGGGGAUUAUGGCUUGCAAAGGGUGUGGGGCUACAUCGGGUGCAUGGUGUUCACGCCCUUCUCCGGCUGGCUGAUAGACACGAUGAGUCACGAUAUCCACGUCCCAGAUUACAGGCCGGCGUUCUACCUGUUCGUGGGACUGCAGGGCCUGGCGGGGCUGGUGGCGCUCUCCGUGGACCUGAAGUUCAAGACCCCGUGUGAGCAAGUCAUGAAGAACAUCUGGAUGCUGCUACAGAAUCCCGAGGUGAUCAUGUUGUUCCUCGCCAUGACGCUCUCAGGAGCCUUCUUCGGGUUCCUGGAGGCGUUCCUGUUCUGGUUCCUGGGUGACCUCGGGGCCUCACGCUCCCUCAUGGGUCUGACGGUGACCAUGGGAGCCGCCAGCGCCUUACCCUUCCUUAUCUUUAUGUCCCCCAUCGUCAACAAGUUUGGACACAUUGGAGUCAUCGCGGCGGGCUUCCUCAUGUAUGCCCUCAGGUUUGCCGGUUACGCGUCCAUAUACAAUCCAGUGAGCGCCCUGUACUUCGAGGCUCUAGAGGGCGUCACCAUCGGGCUCAUGCUGUCUGCCGGCAUGACCUACGCCUGUGAGCUGUCCACCACCAAGAACGUGGUGUCCCUGCAGGCCCUCAGCGGCACCCUCUACUAUGGCGUGGGCAAGGGCGCGGGCUGCCUGGUGGGGGGCUACAUGUACCACCACCUGGGCGCACGCAAAACUUUCCGCAUGAUGACAGUAGCCAGCCUUCUCUCUGCCAUCAUCUUCCUCAUCUUCCAAAUCUACAUCCAGCACCGCAACAGACUAAGGGAACUGAACCUUACCGGGACGGAGAAGGAAGAUCUGCUGAAGAAGGAGGAGGAGGAGAACCUGAAGCUGAAGAAUUUGAAGCUGGUUAAGUUGGAGCGAGUCAAGAUCAAGAGUAAGAAGUGGCGUAAGGGAAAACGGGGCAGUCUGCAGGUGGACGCACAAGAAAACGGAGUCCUGCAGCUUAGAAGGGUAACUCUAGUAGACGCGGAGACUCAGACGGAGCCUGUACAGUUUGCUUGCACGCUUGCUAUUCCUGAGAGUGACGAGGAGGAGUGAGGUGUCGGGAGUGCUGGGAAUGUAUAUGUAUUAGAAUGUCCUCUUCCUACUCCCCCUCCUCCUCCUACUCCUCCUAUACGUUAAUGAGUGGUUUAAUAUAAUGAUUUCUCCUGUCUUCUGUCUCUUUCUGUACCACAACUUCCUCCUCCUCCUCCUCCUCCUCCUCCUCCUCCUCCUCCUCCUCCUCCUCCUUCUCUUCCUCCUUUUUCACCUCGUCUACGUAAAUCCUCCUCCUUCUUCUCUUCCUCCUUUUUCACCUCCUCUACGUAAAUAAGUCGUUUGAAGUCCUGUUCUGCUCUGUUCUGUUCUGUUCUGUCUGUCUGUCUGUCUCAAUAUCUCGUCCUGCCUCACUGUUCCCCAGACUGUCUCAUUGAGGGAGUGUACGGUAGUCUGUCUCUUUCUCUGCUGCAGCUUUGUUUUAUUCUCUGUCUCUCUCUCUCUCUGUCUGUCUGUCUGUCUGUCUGUCUGCCUGUCCCAGUGUACAGUGUUCUUUAUUUUAUUCAACAUCCUAUUCAUGAUUCUCAAAUUCCUGCCUCUCUUUCUGUUUGAUUUUGUACGUACUAGUGUGUCUGUGUCUUUCCCUGUCUGUUAAUCAUUAUGUACUUUGCUCGUCAUAAUCAAUCUCUCUCUCUCUCUCUCUCUCUCUCUCUCUCUCUCUCUCUCUCUCUCUCUCUCUCUCUCUCUCUCUCUCUCUCCCCACUUCCUGAUCUAUGGUUAGUCUUCCUGCCUUAUUGUUCUUCCUCUUCCUCUUCCUCCCUAUCUCCUUUCAACUCUGCUACUCUCUCUCUCUCUCUCUCUCUCUCUCUCUCUCUCUCUCUCUCUCUCUCUCUCUCUCUCUCUCUCUCUCUCUCUCAC